UUGGCUUCAGAUUCAUCUUUUUGGCUUUUUAAAGAACUUAUUUGAACAAAAAGUCACUUCAGGGGUCAAAGUGCAGCGAGUGGCCCCCAGGCCACGGUGUGAGACCCCUGGGUGUGCGUUUCCUGUCGUGGCUGCACACGUCACUGAAACUGAGACACAGCUGGAGCAAAGCGGUUAUAAAAUGUGAAACUCUGAACUCUGCCGGGCGUUUCCCUUCCAACAUCCAGCGAGCAGCAGAUGCCUCGCUAAGGUCAGAGGUCAGGAGGGCAGGCUGCUGAUAGGAAGCAGCCUUUCUGGAACCUGACCGACGUCCAAUCAGGUGCUAACCAGCUGUACCAAAUAAAGUGUCAGGGGGCGUGUUUACUGACGGUGCUGGGUGGGAGCAGGCUUUCACUGAGCGUGUGCAGUAGGAACAGGCUGGUGUGCGUGUAAUGUUCACUGAAGGAUGCGUGUGGGCGUGGCCUCAGGCCUCUGAUGAGGAGGGGGCCGCGCCUCUGUGACGAGUGUCGCUUUGCUUCCUGUCAGACUCGUCCUCAUCUCACUGCUCUUCUCGCUCGGACUCGGCGCUCAGCAGCUGUCGGGGAUGCACGGCAGCCUGUGCUCACCGAACUUCCCGGAGCCGUAUCCCCGGGACACGCAGCUGCGCUGGAACGUCAGCGUUCCCGACGGCUUCCAGAUCAAGCUCUACUUCAGCCACUUCGACCUGGAGCCGUCUUACCUGUGCGAGUACGACUACGUCAAGGUGGAGGCUGAGGGGGAGGUGCUGGCGCUGUUCUGUGGGAGGGAGCAGACGGACACGGAGGCGGUGCCAGCUCAGCGGGCCCUCACCUCCCCCAGAAACUCCCUCAGCCUCCUCUUCUGCUCCGACUUCUCCGACGAGGAGCGCUUCUCCGGGUUCGUGGCUCACUACAGCGCCGUGGACGUAGACGAGUGCAGCGAGCGCAGUGACGAGGACGCGCUCUGCGAUCAUUUCUGCCACAACUACAUCGGAGGAUACUACUGCUCCUGUCGCUAUGGUUACCGGCUGCACUCUGACAACCACACCUGCAGAGGUGAGCGCAGACAUCGGCUUGGGCGUCGUGAUCCACAGCUGAUCGCUCGCGUUCAUCACGAGUACAGUAGCGUGCUCCGCGGCGCUCUUCUUUCCAGAGAUAUGAUCCAUGGGUGGGGGAGGAAUGUAUGGGUCCUCACGUGUCCUGACAGCGCUGUGGACCGUGACCUCGCUGUGACUGAUAGUGGCGCCUGAUUGGUGGUAAAUAUUUGCGUGUUUCUGUGUGGGGGAGGCCUGUGCGUGUUCACGUCUGAGGGUUUGCUACAGAGCGACGACCUCUCAGUGACCUCUGACCGAUUACAGAACCAUUACAACACACUGAGUGUGCAAAAGUC